AUGGCCUGGAGAAAGCCGCUCGUCCUGAACUGGGGUUCGGAGAAGGCGCAAUCUGUGACUUUGACGGCGUUAUGCUUCACUCGCUGCUUCUUACGCAUGGCUGUUGAACAGAUCGUUGUCACCAUCAGGGCAGCGUACGAAAGUAUAAGUGUAUUCCUUCUACCUUACAUUAUAUUCCAGCUGUUCGCAAUCAGCGUCCUUCUCCCCACAUACAUUCUACAAGUCCUGAUUGGUUUGAUACCGAACAUCUUCGGAAAUAUCUGGUGCCUUAUCCUCCCGUGGAACAAGCUCAUUGAGCAAACCGAAUCCCAUAGGAGGCAGUUGGCGAUGCUGGCUCAACUUCAGCUUGAGGGAAAAUAUAUUUUCCGAGACGAUGAUUUGAUCAGGGUCGAACAAUCCGGAAAGGAGUGGAUGAAGGACCUUUCAUGGAAUGAACACACUGAAGAGCUUAGCGUUUGCGGUGCAAGAGCGAGAUUCGUCCAUUUGAGGCCAGAGGAAGGUGAUAACGGGAGCUGUUCACCUCCGACGAAAAAGCCCAUUCUGUUUCUACACGGAAGUCGGAGCUGGAGUUAUAUGUGGAGAAAGAUUAUGCCUCGACUUCUCGCGGAGGGCCAUGAAAUUUAUGCGCUCGAUUGGAUCGGCCACGGACGAAGCGACAAGCCAACACGAAGAGAGUCUGUUACGUUUCAGCUUCACAUGCAAACGUUGAUGGCCUUUGUAAACCAUGUGCAGCUCAAAGAUGCUGUGCUGGUAGGACAUAACUGGGGUGGCUAUGUGGCUCUAUGUUCUAUCCCCUAUCUUCCUCCUUCAUCAUGCAGUGGGCUCUUCCUCGUCAACUCAUUCUUACCAUGCCAACCCAACGAAAUGGGCCCGAAUGGCCGUGUUCUCUACGGGCUCUGGUUUCUACUCACUCGAGUCCUAGAUGGAUAUGUUUCCCAAUCCACUAUCACGCGGCUCAUGUUUUAUGAAAUUCCAGGAGAGGAUGCUAAAGGCUACGGUGCACCUUACCGGCACCUACCAGCCAAUUCUGGACCGAGCGUUGAGCCUUUUGCCUACAUGAGCACCGGAAUACCGCCACAUUUCCUCAAGGAUUUGCGCGAGAAGCCACUGUGGAAGGUUUGUGAAGCUUUUUGUCUAAAAGGCUUCAAUGAUCUGAACACCCUAGCCCUGCUAUCGGAGAGAAUUGACGGUGCACGUCGCUACCUGAGGGAGAAUCGAAGUGGCGACCAGGACGAGACCACUGCGAGACGAUUGAGAAGCGUCGUCGUGUUCGGAGAACGGGAUCCAUUGGGGAGAGGUUACAAGGAGGCCCUUUUGUGUGUAAUCGGCAAAAACAAUAUGGCUGACUGGGCACUAGACGGUAUUAUGCUCGAAAAUGGUGGUCACUACCCCAUGGAGAAAAAGCCAGGGGAUGUUGCGCAAUUGAUAAUUAGAUUUGCCUGA